CUCGGCGUGGCGUGGGCGGUGCGCGCGGGGUCACGGCGGCGGAAGCGGAAGCGCUGUCGGUCGGGCCGGCUGCCGCCGCCAGCGCCAUCAUGGUGGGCCGAGGGGCUUCCCGCGUCCCGCAGCGGUGGACCAACUACCUCCCGCUGGGCAGGAGGAUGCCGGGCACCCGCUUCAUCGCGUUCAAGGUCCCCCUGAGGAAGAGCUUUGACCGAAACCUUCCUCCAGAGGAGAGAUUUUCACCUCGUGAUCUCAUUAAGAAAAUCAAAGAGCAGAAGGAAGAGCUGGGCCUGAUCAUUGACCUGACAUACACAACUCGCUACUACGGGCCAGAGGAGCUUCCAGCCACACUCUGCUACUCAAAGAUCUUGACAAUGGGACAUGAAAUACCAAACAAGCACACCAUUUUUCAGUUCAAAUGCGUUGUAAAAAAGUUUUUGAGAGACAACAAAGACAACGAUAAACUCAUCGGAGUUCAUUGCACACAUGGCUUAAACAGAACUGGCUACCUGGUUUGUAGGUACCUGAUUGAUGUUGAAGGCAUGGAGCCAAAUACUGCGAUAGAGUUGUUCAACAAGGCUCGAGGCCAUCCUAUAGAGAGAACCAACUAUAUCCAAGAUCUUCAGAAGAGAUCUGUAAAAAAGAACUGCGGACUAAAGAAUUUGGGCUCAGGCCCCUUCAGAGAAAAAGCCGGCGCUACACCAAACACUAAAAAGCAGAUGGCCAAUCACCAGCCGCAUUGUUCAAACCAAGCCCCCUUAGCCAAGUGCAGAAAAUCCGGCAGCGCCAAGAAGAGCCACAAGCGAAGCGCCAAGGCACGGGUGCCGCACCAGGAGCUGGCGCACAAGCAUGCAGUGGUGGAGCAAAGGCGGCCGUGCAGUUUGGCAGAGAGGAACUCUCAGGUUUCGUUGCCCGCUAACAAGCGGUGCAAUGGACUGCACUUCCCCGCCCCAAGCCCCGAGCUCUGCCCGCCCCAGGAAAGGCAAGCAGCCAGGAAACGCAGGCGCCGGCGUAGGAAACCCGUUGUGACGGCGUAGGGAACGUUGUACACAGUGAAAGCCUGUCCAGGGCUGCAUCUUCACCUGGAGGAGCUCCAAGAUGGGUGUGUCACUGCUUGAACGAGCGGCUGUGUAACCACCAGCAGCUGGGAACUGCAAGCGCAGGUGUUCUUAAUCUUAACGCGGCAAUUUUUUAAAAAACAUUUUUUUCUUUCCCGCCUCCUCCCUUGGUACUUUUUACAAAUAUGACAGAAAUUUUUUAAUCCUGUGCUGUACCGGAGUUGUAGCUCCGCUCCUUGAGGGAUGCGGAGAAUAAACACAGACCCAAACAGAGCUGGAAUUACCUUAAAGAAACAUCCUCAGGAACAACAUCCUUUAGCCUACAACAGAAAGGGCUUAUUAAUUUCCUCAAUACAUAGAAAGAAAUAGGAUUCGGCCUGAAAUUAUUUUUUUUUUCCCCUUUUCACCCACUUUUGCUAAAGUAAAUUUCUGUGGUGUGUAAAUCUUGA